UACCGAGGAUCUCGGUCGUGAUUCCGUCUGUUCACUCUAGAUCUAUUUUUGUUUUACGUCGAUGGCUGCACGUUCAGAUUUUAUUAUUUUACACUUGUGAUAUUCAGUUCAGUUUUUGCAUACUUUUACGCGCGUCUCCAGAGCCAGGUAAAAUGUGCUGCUUAUUCGUUCUUCCUUCAACAGCACAUCCUUGUGGAUUGUUAAUGCGAUAGACAGCGCACCAGGCACGUCAACUUUCCACUGUAGCCUGCAUCUUACCUAAGACAGGAUUACCGCCGGGUAAACAACAAUUCCAAACUUUCUCUGCUCUUCACCGGAGUAUUGAGCAUCUAAAGGACUAUGUGGUCAUGCGAAACGGUUUGACUUGCAGAGACGGACCAUGCAGAAAAGUGUUCGGUACAAUGAGGGGCACGCUCUGUAUCUCUCCGUGAUUGCGCGUAAAGAGGGAACCAAACGUGGCUACUUGAGCAAGAAGACGACCGAGAACAGCCGAUGGAAUGAAAAGUACUUUGCACUUUACCAGAAUGUUCUAUUCUACUUCGAGAACGACCAGAGCACGCGGCCGUUGGGCAUCUACUUGCUCGAAGGUUGUUCGUGUGAGAGGUCGCCAGCGCCAAAAGUCUCAUCAGUUGGCAAAGAUGCACAGGACAAGCCGCAACACUACUUCCUGGUGGUAUUUGGUCAUGAUGGACAGAAGCCUCUGGAGCUGCGGACGGAGGAGGAGAGUGAGUGUGACGAGUGGGUGGACGCCAUCACACAAGCCAGUUACUCUGACAUCAUCAUCGAGCGCGAGGUGCUCAUGCAGAAGUACAUCCACCUGGUGCAGAUCAUGGAGACGGAGAAGGUGGCGGCCAACCAGCUGAGGAAGCAGCUGGAGGACCAGGACACCGAGAUCGAUAGACUCAAGGCUGAGAUUUUGGUUCUGAACAGAACUAAGGAGAGGAUGGGACCCUUCCAAAGUAGUCAGGAGGAAGAAGACGCAGACAUCAAAAAUAUCAAGAAGGUGCAGAGCUUAAUGCGCGGCUGGCUGUGCCGGCGCAGGUGGAAGAUCAUCGUGCAGGACUACAUCUGCUCGCCGCACGCCGAGAGCAUGCGCAAGCGCAACCAGAUCGUCUUCAACAUGGUGGAGGCGGAGACGGAGUACGUGCACCAGCUCUCCAUCCUGGUCAACUGCUUCCUGCGCCCGCUCCGCAUGGCCGCCAGCUCCAAGAAGCCGCCCAUCAGCCACGACGACGUCAGCAGUGUCUUCCUCAACAGUGAGACCAUCAUGUUCCUGCAUGAGAUAUUCCACCAAGGCCUCAAGGCUCGCAUCGCCAACUGGCCAACACUAGUCCUAGCUGACCUGUUCGACAUCCUGCUGCCGAUGCUGAACAUCUACCAGGAGUUUGUGCGUAACCACCAGUACAGCCUUCAGGUGCUGGCCAACUGCAAGCAGAACCGCGACUUCGACAAGCUGCUCAAGCAGUACGAGGCCAACGCGGCCUGCGAAGGACGCAUGCUUGAGACCUUCCUCACCUACCCUAUGUUCCAGAUCCCUCGCUACAUCAUCACGCUGCAUGAGCUGUUGGCCCAUACGCCCCAUGAGCAUGUGGAGAGGAAGAGUCUGGAGUUUGCCAAGUCCAAGCUGGAGGAGCUGUCCAAGAUGAUGCACGAUGAGGUGAGCGAGACGGAGAACAUCCGUAAGAACCUGGCCAUCGAGAGGAUGAUCGUGGAGGGCUGCGACAUCCUACUGGACACCAGUCAGACGUUCGUGCGCCAAGGCUCCCUGAUCCAGCUGCCGUCGGUGGAGAAGGGCAAGCUGGGCAUGGCGUGGCUGAGCACGCUGUCCCUGCGUAAGGAGGGCGAGCGCCAGUGCUUCCUCUUCACCAAGCACUUCCUCAUCUGUACGCGCACCUCCGGGGGCAAGCUGCACCUGCUCAAGCAAGGAGGAGCGCUAUCCCUGAUCGAGUGCACACUCAUGGAGGAGCUGGAUGCCAGUGAUGAGGACUACAACAGCGCUGGUCAGGGCUUGAACCACCUGGAGUUUAAGAUCGUGGUGGAGCCUCAAGACGGGCCGUCCUUCUCCGUGGUGCUGCUGGCGCCCUCACGCCAGGAGAAGGCUGCCUGGACCAGCGACAUCAGCCAGUGUAUAGACAACAUCCGCUGCAAUGGUCUCAUGACCAGUGUGUUUGAGGAGAACUCCAAAGUCACCGUGCCUCACAUGAUCAAGUCUGACGCGCGGCUGCACAAAGACGACGUGGACAUCUGCUUCAGCAAGACGCUCAACUCCUGCAAGGUGCCGCAGAUCCGCUACGCCAGCGUGGAGCGUCUCCUGGAGCGUCUGACGGACCUGCGCUUCCUCUCCAUCGACUUCCUCAACACCUUCCUGCACACCUACCGCCUCUUCACCACCGCCGCCGUGGUCAUGGACAAGCUGGCCGACAUCUACAAGAAGCCCUUCACCUCCAUACCCGUCAGGGUGCAGUACCUGUCAUCGGACCGUCUGUCCAUCACCUCCCUCUGCCCCGACUACAGCCUCAAGAUCACACGACUUGCCCUCGACCAGUCACACAAGUCCCUCGAGCUCUUCUUUGCCAACAACCAGGGUCCCUGGAGUGGCGAUCACCUCAACAGCAAGUCGCCCCGCCUGUCUCGCAAGUUCUCCUCCCCGCCGCCCCUCUCCAUCCCCUCGCGCACCGCCGCCUCCCCGGUCCACUCGCGCAAGCUCUCGCUCAGCAGCUCCCCCUUGGCGCCUGGAGGAGGGACCGCAACAGCAGCAGGAACAGGAGGUGGCGGAGGGAAGAGCGGUGCCCUGGAUCUCUCCACCACCAGCCCCACCGCCACCACCAACCCCCUGUCGCCCGCCCACAACCCCCUGGUGUCCUCGCCGCCCCCCAACAACACCAAGGCCCCCCUGGACCUCAGCCGAGGCCCCAGCUCCCCUGAGCUUGGAGCCAGCCCUCCGGACGAGCUCGCCGGAGAGCUGCCGCGCAUCGACGCCCUCUGCGGCAAGCUGAGGAGGAGCAUUCGCCGAGCUGUUCUGGAGUCAGUGUCGGUGGAUAAGUUCUUCCCUGAGGCGCCGACCCCGAGCGAGUCUGGAGAUCUGUCCCCCUGCCGCUCCCCCUCCACGCCCAGACACAUGCGCUACCGAACGCCUGGAGGCCAGUCCAGUGAGAGCCUACGCAGCACUAUGUCACCAGCCUCAGCCUUCGCCAUCGCCACGGCAGCAGCUGGACACAGCACCCCCCAAGCUUUCAGCACGCAGGAGAAGUCCUACGAUAAGGAGUUCCUCAUACGCCGCGCUGCCACCAACAGGGUGCUCAAUGUCCUGCGGCACUGGGUCUCCAAACACUCACAGGACUUUGAGACGAACGGAGAGCUGAAGACUGGGGUGAUGGGGCUCCUGGAGGAGGUGCUGAGGGACCCAGACCUGCUGCCCCAAGAGAGGAAAGCCACUGCCAACAUACUAAGUGCCCUUUCUCAAGACGACCAGGAUGAUUCUCAGCUCAAGAUUGAGGACAUUCUCCAAAUGACUGAAGUCCCCAAGGCUGAAUGCUUUGAGUCCUUAUCAGCCAUGGAGUUGGCUGAACAGAUCACUCUGCUCGACCACAUCGUGUUCAGGAGCAUUCCUUAUGAGGAGUUCCUUGGCCAGGGCUGGAUGAAGCUGGACAAAUAUGAACGAACACCCUACAUCAUGAAGACCAGCCAGCACUUCAAUGAUAUGAGUAACCUGGUGGCGUCUCAGAUCAUGACCCAUACGGAUGUGGGUUCGAGGGCCAGCUCCAUCGAGAAGUGGCUGGCGGUAGCCGAUAUCUGCCGGGUCCUCAACAACUACAACGGCGUGCUGGAGAUCACAUCCGCACUCAACCGCAGCGCCAUCUACAGGUUAAAGAAGACAUGGGCCAAAGUCUGCAAACAGACUAAGUCCCUGAUGGACAGGCUUCAGAAGACCGUGUCAUCAGAGGGCCGCUUCAAGAACCUCAGGGAGACACUGAAGAACUGCAACCCUCCAUGUGUGCCCUAUCUGGGCAUGUACCUCACAGACCUGGCCUUCAUCGAAGAGGGCACCCCCAACUUCACAGAGGAGGGCCUGGUCAACUUCUCCAAAAUGAGAAUGAUAUCCCACAUCAUCCGAGAGAUAAGGCAGUUUCAGCAGGCACCAUACAGGAUAGAGCACCAACCCAAGGUCACCCAGUUCUUGCUGGACAAGACCUUGGUGAUGGAUGAGGACACCUUGUAUGAACUCUCCCUGAAGAUCGAGCCCAGGAUGCCUUCAGGAAACUAGUUAGCAGAUACCACCAUUUGUUUACAAGAACAGACUUGUAUAUAUUCACUAUAUGCAAAUAGUGAAGGAAACGACACAUGCAAAAUGGAGGAUCAGUUUGCUCCUAUCUACAUGAAGUUCGGCAAAGAGCCAUUUGUAAAUACAGGAGGAAGUCCAAACGAAAACAUUUUUUUAAAUUAUUAUUAUUGAUGAUGAGGAUGGAUUCACUCGUAAAUACACACCCCGCAUCAACGGUCGUCGCUCCUUGCUUUUCUUUUCUCCAGUAGUUGUUCACCAAUAUUUGGAUCAUCUCCGUUCCUCAUACAAAAAGGAUUUGACCAAAUCAAACUGUUGCCAUUGAAUGGUGAAGAACUCAGGAAGUCAGGAAGUGCCUUCUGUAAAUAUUGUAUUGUGUACAUGAACAUGAACAAUCCUGUAGAUACCAAGUGGAUGUUUGAGAACAUUUUACAAACACCAAUGAAAUGAUUUGAGUGUAUAAUAUUAUAAAGUAUAUUUAAAGCUGUGCUUUGCCAUUGAAACAAGCAUGUCCAAGCUAAUGCUUAGGCUGUAGCAAAUUACUAGCUACUAUGAGCUGCCCUGUGGUACAGGUGUACCGACAGCAGUAGUCCUUAGAGGACUGGGUCUGGUUAAUAGAAAUAAGAGCUCCCUCUAGUGGUUAGGAUGAGUAAAAACACAUUUGUAGGGGCAAUACAUCUGUCAUACACACUGAGAAAAAUAGGUACUCAAGCUGUCAUUAUGUUGUGGUACCAUAUUGUAUCUUGCAAGGUACAUGUUUUAAAAAGGACUCUAGUGUAGGUAAUUUCCCUACAAAAGGUACUGCGCCAGUGACAAUCAGUUGAACCCAUGUGGGUGCAGAGUGGUACUUCCAGAGUGAGAUUGUUUCCAAAAGUUUUCCUGUUUUCAGAAGACAUAGGCUACAUGUUUUCACACCUGUUUAACAGAGCAUGUUUUCCACAUUUGAG